CGCAGCCGUGGAACCAACCGGCCCUUGUCCAAGAACGGCCCAGACGUCAUCAAGCAGUGAAACUCCAAACCACAUGAUUAAACUCGGCAGCUGGGCCAAUUCACACUGACAGGUUCCCGGUAAACCCUCUGACGGCCGGGAGAGUAACUGAUAUUCCAAGCGGUUAGGUUACCAGUCCCUUUUGGAAAAGCAGUAGCCACUAUCCUUGCCUGUGACACCCAGACGCGAGAAGUAAGGGCCGAGACCUGUGUCUUAGUACCGGCGGUGAUCAGCCGCCCGCCGUCGCCAUGGCGAGCACGACCAUUGAUGAGGACACACCCCUCCUAUCCGCGACCGCUUCGCCGUCCACCGAAGUCCCCCGGCCAUCGAGGCCUCCGCGAACGGUCACCUUCAAUCCCAACCCCGUCACGAAGACGAUCGAACCUGAAACUGCUUACCACGGUACGCGGAUAUCACAUCAACACCGCGCGCCAAGUUCCCCUUCCAACUCGUCGGCUAUAAGUACGGGUGGACUCGGCGGUGGCCCGCCCAUGCUCUCCAAUUUGAACAGCAAGCUACGCAGACGCAACAGCCUUGGCGGUUUGCAGGGUGGACAUUCGGUCGGCGGCCUACCGCUGGUCGCUGGCCCAACGGGAGCUUCCAAAAUUGGCCCACAGCGUAGUACCAAGAACGCCCAGAAGCUCAAACUUCUACCGAACCCAGAGCUGGAAGCCGAUAACGUCGACGAAGAGAGCGGCCGUGAUGUCUACUCCCAAUAUACCCGCAUCAAAGACCCGACCGCACGCCGCGAUGCUGCCCGCCUGGGGAAAGCAGACCGUGACAGGUUACCGCGUGUCACGGCUUACUGCACGGCGAAUAAAUAUCAAAUGGACGGAUUGCUGCGCUUCUUGAAGGGGAAGGGUAAAGGAAGAGGAGUGAGUCCGAAGCUGAUCGACGAGUGCAUCUACACGCCGUACAGCUACAGCUCAAAGCAAGCAGCUAGCUCACGGCAAGAAAGACACCUGGCAGUUCACUCCACACCGGAAAGGCGUUAUUCAACGGGGAGCCUGGCCGACUUGCCGAGCGAGAGCAGCCAUUCCGCCCUCGAGAAUGGUCUGCUCGAGAGGCAAGAGAUCGCCGAUGACAUUUUCGUUGACCACAUGGCCGACGAGAACGCAGUAGCCAGCGAUACCGCCAACUUCGACAUCCACGUGCAUACGCCCGAGGUUUUUCUCUUCAACUAUGGGGUGGUGGUAAUAUGGGGCAUGUCAGCGGCACAAGAGCAGCGCUUCCUCAAAGAAAUUGACAAGUUCGAGGUGGAAAAGCUCGCGCCCGAGGACGUGGAGACGGAGAACUUCAAUUUCUACUACACCCAUGAGUAUCAGGCCCGGAUAUACAACGACUUCAUCACCCUCCGUGACAAGAGCAACUAUAUGACAAAGCUGGCUAUCUCCCAUGCGCUGGCACAAAGCGUCAAGACCUCCCUAUUCGAGGAACUAAUCGCCACCACUAUCGACACCUGCAAGGACAUACCCGCCCAGCUCGCCUUCACGGGCAAGAUCGCUCUCUCGCGCUCCGAGAUCAACAUGCAGAUCGGCGAGCUGUUCAUCCUCCGCAUCAGCAUCCACCUCAACGGCUCCGUGCUCGAUACCCCCGAGCUCUUCUGGGUCGAGCCCCAGCUCGAGCCCGUCUACCAGGCCGUCCGGAGCUACCUCGAGAUGGACCAGCGGGUCGGACUGCUCACGGAACGUCUGGAUGUCAUUGCGGAUUUGUUGGCCGUGUUGAAGGAGCAGCUGAGUCAUGGUCAUGGGGAGAUGUUGGAGUGGAUCGUAAUCGUCCUCAUCGCGGCCGAGAUAUUGGUGGCGGUGGCUAAUAUCAUUGUCGACUUGUACAUCGGUGUCUAAGUCGCGGGCGCAGGACGACGCCAAGGAGUACCCUGUUGUUGGGUUCUGGUGAGGAAACACGGCGCUUUCCCUCCUGCUGGCAUCCCUUGUUCUCUGUCACAUACUUCUGCCGCUGCCUCCGACUGGGUUUAUCCCUUUCGGCUGCUUCGGGCUUGUCGUCUCGGAUGGCGCCUUGGUCGGUCCUUGUAUCAUGGGAAGCUUCAUGAGGCGGAUUUUAGGCGCGCAGACAAAACAGCACCAUCUGUACUUUAUUUGUAUACUUCCUGAGCACUACAUCACCUGUACCUAGUAGAGACCUUAUUCGCAGCUGGGGUCGGGACUGUACGGACAAAGAUAACCGACACCGAAAUGAAUGUCUACCUAGCUGUAUGAGGCACAGGAAGACACUAAUUCAUAUCUCGCACUUUCAUUCA